AUGCUGUGCAGCCCGCCGGCAUAUCGAUCACCGCGUCACGUGGCCGACGGGAGGAUCACGAUCUCUCGAGCCCGGAACGCCAAGAGCGUUGUGAUCACGCUCAGCUCACGCGAGUCCCACCAGCCACCUCCUGGUCUAAUAUUUGCACCUCGUGAAGCUUCCCACAGCUCGGCUCGUUGGAGCGUUUUUGCGUGGAGCUCUGGAGCCCUGGAGCCCUGGAGCCCUGGAGCCGCCGACAGUCACGACUGCGACUUCCGGCGAGAUAGCUCCCCCCUCCCCUCACAAUUCCCCUCCGCCCUUCGUACUCCGGCGUCUUGUAACGGGGAGUCGACUCUCAAUGAAAUAAUUACUCUUACCGCGAUGGGC